CCACAGAGCGGUCCAGACAGAGAGGUGUUAAAAAAAGUUUAAAUUUUAAGGUUAUAAUAAUUUAGCAGUUUGUAACUUUGUAAUAAAUUUAAAACUUUUAAGAAAAGUACUGAAACAUUCAAAAUAACUAUUGACUUUGCUGUAUUAUUUAUAUCUAUUUAAGUUAAACCGCGCAGUCACUCUUACUCUACUAGUAAUUAACCAGUAACAGUACCUGUUGAAGAUUUUGAAAACAAUAACAAACGAUGCCGACAUGGAACCAAAUUCAGUCACAGUUGAGAAACCCAAAUAAUCCGGUGGUUUUCUUCGAUAUAACAGUAGGAACAACGGAAAUAGGCCGCAUGAUAUUUGAACUGUUUGCUGAUGUAGUGCCAAAAACAAGUGAAAAUUUCAGAGAAUUUUGUACAGGCGAAUAUAGAAGAGAUGGUGUACCACUGGGUUACAAAGGAGCAACAUUUCACAGAGUUAUAAAAGAUUUUAUGAUCCAAGGUGGAGAUUUUGUCAAUGGUGACGGUACUGGUGUCAUGAGCAUUUAUGGAGGAAGUACAUUUGCAGAUGAAAACUUUGCACUAAAACAUGACUCCCCAGGCCUUUUGUCCAUGGCAAACAGUGGCAAGGAUACCAAUGGCUGUCAAUUUUUCAUUACUUGUGCAAAGUGUAAUUUCUUAGACAAUAAACAUGUGGUUUUUGGUAGAGUUAUUGAUGGUUUGUUAGUUAUGAGAAAAAUAGAAAAUGUACCAACUGGUCCAAAUAAUAAACCUAAAAUACCAGUGACAAUUUCACAGUGUGGACAAAUGUAAUAUCAUAAGAUAUAGUGUGGUUGUAAGAUAAUUAAAUAUUAAUAUACAUGACUGACCAGUA